AUGAGUUUAGCCCCGAAACAACCUCACAUUCUGGUCGUCUCGUACCCCGCUCAAGGCCACAUCAACCCGAUGCUCCAAUUCUGCAAACGACUCGUUGCGAAAGGCGUCAAGACGACAUUCGCAACGACUUUGUCCAUCUCCAAAAUCUUGCAUAUCGAUAUUAACUCCUCCAUCACCUUCGAAACGUUCUCCGAUGGGUUCGACGACAAUGGACCCGAUCAAUUCGUGAGCCCAGACGAACACUUCCCAAAGCUUCGGAAAGUAGGGUCGGAGUCCUUGUCGGAUCUCGUUCAAAAACUAGACGGUCUUGACGCGAUUGUUUACGACGGGUUUUUGCCGUGGGCCCUUGACGUAGCCAAGCGAUUCGGGAUCGUUGGAGCGGUGUUUUUUACGCAAACUUGUGCCGUAAAUAAUAUUUACUACCAUGUGAACAGAAACCUUCUCAAAAUCCCAUUGCAGAAUUCAGUAGUUAAAGUUCCUGGAUUACCACAACUUGAGGAUUGGGAAACACCUUCAUUUGUGCACAAAUUUGACCAAUUUCCAGUUGUUUCUGAUCUAGUUUUUGAUCAAUUUACCAACAUCGAUCAAGCAGAUUGGGUGUUUUUCAACUCAUUUUACAAAUUGGAGGAAGAGGCGGUCGAUUGGAUGGGGAAGUUAUGGCGUGUGAGGACGAUAGGUCCGACGCUUCCCUCGAUGCACCUUGACAAGCGAUUGUUAGACGAUCACGACUAUGGAGUCAAUCUCUUCAAACCAAAAUGUAUCGAAUCCAUGAACUGGCUAAACGAUAAGCCAAAAAGAUCGGUUGUUUACUUGUCGUUUGGGAGCGUGACACAACCCGGACCCGAGCAAAUGAAGGAAAUAACAUGUGGUUUGAUUGAUGGAGGUUUCAACUUCUUGUGGGUGGUUAAGUCGUCGGAAGAGGACAAGCUCCCGAACGAGUUUCUCGAUGGUCGAUCCAAGAAGGGUUUAGUCGUGACAUGGUGCCCGCAACUGCAAGUCUUGGCUCACGAGUCGAUAGGGUGCUUUGUUACACAUUGUGGGUUUAACUCGGUUCUUGAAGCAAUUAGUUUCGGAGUACCAAUGGUCGCAAUGCCUCAGUGGUCAGAUCAAACCACGAACGCGAAAUACGUGGAGGAUGUUUGGGGUGUUGGGGUUCGGGCUAAGCCCGACGAUAAUGGGAUCGUGAGUAGACAAGUGUUGGAUUCGUGCAUACGAAAAGUCAUGGAAGGAGAGAAGGGGAAAGAGAUCCAUAAAAACGUGAUCAAAUGGAGCGAUUUGGGAAAAGAAGCGGUCAGGGAAGAUGGAAGUUCAGACAAAAACAUCAAUGAAUUUGUAGCAGAAUUGAAGUUAUCCAGCUCAUGUUUUACUGUGUUUAUUGAUUGA